UAAAAUAAAAUAAAAUAAAAUAAAAUAAAAUAAAAUAAAUAGAGCUGUACAUAUAUACCUAGAUAAACACAUAUUUAAUUAUUUAUUUUCUUCUUUCUGAAAAUCUAUGUGAAAAACACAUACGCACGCGCCCUUUUGUUGUUAUGACUACGGGGUCGUAAAUCCGCCAUGUUUUCCCUCCCCGCUGCAGCGUUGCGACAGAGACGGAGAAUUCAAACGACAUGAGUGUUGAAAAUAAUCAUACGGCAGAAACAGAGAGCGAGCAGACGAAGGACGGCAACGAGACGAUCGCCAUUCAAACCACUCUGGGAGACGAAGAUGAAGACGUGCACAAGUGUGGACGCUGUCAGUCAGAGUUUUCCACGUUGGAAGCUUUCAUACAACACAAGCUGCAGCACGUCUGCAAACGCGUUGAAGCACGAAAGGACAACAGCCAGGAUGCCCCCCAAGAGGAGGCUGACAACACUGGAACUUAUUCUUCAGAGGUGAAGACAGUUGAAGGCACAUCCUCAGAUGAGCCAGUGAAGAACACUAAUGACGAAAGCAGUGACUUGUUGGGUCGUGGUCGCAGGAAGAAAAUUGCUUCUCUUAAAGCCUCUGACCAGUCAGAUGGGGCUGAGGGGUCUGUGUCCGAUAAUGCCUCCGGUGACAAGCUUAUUUACAAAGUCAACCAGGAGGGACGUUACAUUUGCCAACUUUGUGAAAAGACCUUCAAGACGACCAACAUCUUGAGAACUCACAUGAAAACUCACAGCGACCAGAAGAACUUCUCGUGUGAUUUAUGUGGGACGUCUUUUCGCACUAAAGGUUCCCUGAUUCGUCACAACCGCCGUCACACAGACGAGCGGCCGUAUCGGUGCACGCUGUGUGGCCAGUCCUUCAGAGAGUCGGGUGCUCUUACCAGACACCUCAAAGCUCUCACGCCCUGCACCGAAAAGAUCCGCUUUGUUCAAUACAAGGAAAUCCUGGUGAGCAAGGAUGGAGUGCAGAAAGGGGUUGAAUCUGAUCCAGCUGCAGUGGCUGGCCAGGAGGAGGUGGUCGUUGUGGAGCAGCAGCCAGAGGAGCAGGAGAUGGUGGAGGCUCAGACUGCCGUGGUCAGUGUGGUAGAGGCUGGUUCCCAGGAGGUCCUCCAUCAGGUCCACUUCACAAUGGAGGUGGAUGGAACAACACAAGAGCAGCAGGUGGUGGUAGAGCAGUCUCAGGCAGAGGCCCUGGCCGCCGCCGCAGCAGCGGGCGACAAUCUCAUCUGCCAGGCCAUCCUCAACUCUGGCAUUGCACUGGAGACGGAGGAAACGGUGGUCGAGGAGAUCGCGCCCACGGCCGAGGAGAUCAACAAAGUGGUUUCUGGCAGAGCCGAUGGCGACGAGGGAGUCAUCGAGAUCCAAGUGAAAGAAGAGUUCGUGGAGAUGGAGGAGGAAACAAGUGACGGUGGUGAUCGUACGUCAUCGAAAUUGCACAUGUGCCCACACUGCAACCGCUCCUUCAAGGGCUUGAAUUAUUUCCGCUUCCAUGUUAAAGGCCAUUUGGGUUAUAAGCCCUUCAAGUGCACACUAUGUCAAAAGGAGUUUCUGACUGGCUACCUGCUCAAGAAACACAUGGAAGUCCACGUCAGCGAGCGGAGGUACAAGUGCGGCGAAUGCGGCAAACUCUACAAAACCAUCGGACACGUACGCGAGCACAUGAGGGCUCACUCAGAUGAGCGACCCUACCGCUGCUCCAGAUGCAGCAAAGGAUACAAGACCAAGAACGCCUUGCAGGUGCACCAGCGCACCCACGGGGACGAGAAGCCCUACGUGUGUCAGUUCUGCUUGAGAGGCUUCAGGGAGAAAGGCUCCCUGGUCCGACACAUCCGCCACCACACCGGAGAGAAGCCUUUCAAAUGCCCCAAGUGCGGCCGCGGCUUCGCGGAGCAUGGGACUCUGAACCGGCAUAUGCGUGCCAAAGGAGGCUGUCACAAGGACGACAGCAGCGAGCAGCAACCUGCCGUGACUGAAGAGCAGGAGUCUGUUGACAGCCUUGCUACAGCGGCCAUCAUCUCAGAGGAUCCUCAUGCAGUCCUGGUGGAGUUCUCCUCGGUGGUGGCAGACACGCAGGAGUACAUCAUCAAGACUCAAACCGAGGAGGAAAUCCAGGAAGAAGAGGUCACGCUUAUUCAAGACAGCCAGAAUGAGAUGGGAAACCACAUCAUGAAGGUGGUGCAGCGGAUCGUCAGCCAGUCGCAGAGCGCCGGCGGCACGGGCAGCCACCAGAUCAUCGUGCGCAACGUGGCGGUGGACGAGGACGGCCCGUCCAUCUCCGACUGCGGCGACACCAUCACCAUCGCCACGCCCGAGAGCCUGACGGAGCAGGUGGCCAUGACGCUGGCCUCCGCCAUCAGCGACGGCACGCUGCUGGCCGCGGCGAGCACCGCGGAGGCGGCAGCGGCGGCGGAGGGCGCCGUUACCGUGGUUACCACCGAGGAGACGGUGGAGGAGGAGAUGGUGGAGAUGGUGCAGCAGCAGGAGGGAUAUGUCAUCACCUCCCCAGAGGAGGUGGAGAUUCAGACUGUGGUCGUAUGAUCAAAGGGGAUGCUAACUAGGGACUGUGAUGAAUUCGGCUCCGACUGUAACUGCAGCCAAUUACUGUAGAGCGUGUGUGAGCGGGUGAAUCAACUACAAAACUAAGGCCUAAGAAAUUGUGUGUCAUAUGAAGCGUGCAUGAGGUCUUUCAAGUGUUAGAAUGUGUACAAUUAAUCACUCCGUUCGAUAUGCUCACUAAGUUUUCAAAUUUAAGUGAACGCAGUUUAACGUGAUAAUUAUUAUUAUUUAUUUAGCGAGACUUUUUGUUUUGAAGUCCUGAAGUGAAGGGGUGUUCCUUUUUGACGGCGACUCCGUUCGUCGCAGCCGGAUCUCGGUCGGCCUCGGCAGUUUUCCCUCCUGCUCCUGCCCGACGUCUGAGACAGUUACAGUUUUUAAAACUUUUAGUUCGUUUUUGAAAAUGUGACGGCCGUGACGGUGGCUUCGAAGCUGUGCAUGUGCCUGGCCCGCCUGAGGCCGCCCCCGCGAUACAGUGUUGCAGUCCCGAGCCGGCGAGUCGCGAUGCGUCCUCGGCGGCGACGGACGCGCUAAAGAUGUGCACGGAUUUCCUCGACGGAGUUUGCAUCCAAUAAAUGCUAUUUUCAUACA